CUUUCCAAUCUUGGACGGUACUCGGAGGCACUUCCAUUCAUUGAAGGAAGUGUCAAACUCCAGCGCCGGUUAGUUGCCAUUCACCCAGGAUCAUAUACCCCGAAUUUGGCCAUGUCACUCAACAAUCUACAUACUGCUCAUUCCAAUCUUGGACAGCACUCGGAGGCGCUUCCAUUCAUUGAAGAAAGUGUCAGACUCUACUGCCAGUUAGUUGCUGUUCACCCAGGAUCAUACACACUGGAUUUGGCCAUGUCACUCAACAAUCUACAUAAUGCUCUUUCCAAUCUUGGACGACACCCAGAGGCACUUCCAUUCAUAGAAGAAAGUGUCAAACUCUCCCGCCAGUUAGUUGCCAUCCACCCAGGACUGCACACCCCAUAUUUGGCCAAGUCACUCAACAAUCUACGUAUUACUCUUUCCAAUCUUGGACAGCACUCAGAGGCGCUCCCAUUCAUCGAAGAAAGUGUCAAACUCUACCGCCAGUUAGUUGCUGUUCAUCCAGGAUCACACACACCAGAUUUGGCCAUGUCACUCAACAGUUUAUAUAAUGCUCUUUCGGAUCUCGGACAGCACUCGGAGGCGCUUCCAUUCAUUGAAGAAAGCGUCAACCUCUACCGCCAGUUGGUUGCCAUUCACCCAGAAUCAUACACACCGGAUUUGGCCAUGUCACUCAACAAUCUACGUAAUGCUCUUUCCCAUCUCGGACGGCACUUGGAGGCACUUCCAUUCAUCGAAGAAAGCGUCAAACUCUGCCACCAGUUAGUUGCCGUUCACCCAGGAUCAUACACCCCGAAUUUGGCCAUGUCACUCAACAAUCUACAUAAUGCUCUUUCCGAUCUCGGACGGCACUCGGAUGCGCUUCCAUUCAUUGAAGAAAGUGUCAAACUUCGGCGCCAGUUAGUUGCCAUUCACCCAGGAUCAUACACACCGGAUUUGGCCAUGUCACUCAACAAUCUACAUAAUGCUCUUUCCCAUCUCGAACGGCACUCGGAGGCGCUUCCAUUCAUCGAAGAAAGCGUCAAACUCUGCCAUCAGUUAGUUGCUGUUCACCCAGGAUCAUACACACCGGAUUUGGCCAUGUCACUAAACAAUCUAUAUUUAACUCUUUCGGAUCUCGGGCGGCACUCGGAGGCGCUCCCAUUCAUUGAAGAAUGUGUCAAAAUCCGGCGCCAGCUGGUCGGUGUUAACCCAGGAGCAUACACCACAAAGUUGGUCGAUUCACUCGAGAAUCUACAUGAUGCUCUUUCCAAUCUCGGCCGUCAUUCCGAGGCACAAAUGGUUCACAUUUGUGCAUGUUCUCCCCAUCAUUGUAUUUCCUAUGUUCCUACUGCACACGACAGGAAAGGCUGA